UGCAGGAAGAUCACUCUCCCUUUUGCCACCUCUCCUGAGCGAGCAUCCUCCCAUCAGCAGCGAGAGAGACAGCACAGCACAGCACCUCACAGCUUGCACCAGACAGAAUGAUGACUCGCAUCGCACUUCUCUUUCUUGCUGCAUGCCUGUACUGGAGCUGCACCACAGGCUCAGCAAUAGCCUUAGAUUGCUGCCUGUCCAUCACGGAUAAGCCCCUUCCUCGCGCAUAUGCACACUCAUACAAACUGACCGAUGCUGGAUGCAGCCUCAAGGCCACCGUGUUCACCACCAAGAGAGGAAAGCAUGUGUGUGCCCCUCCUCCAGAGAAGAGUGAAUGGGUGAGGAUUCUCAUCGCUAAUCUGAAUAAGAGAGGUGCCCAGUGAGUGCAUCAGGGGAGGAGAGGGAGAGAAAAGGGGUGAGCGAGGCCCAGUAGAACCUUGAUGAUGACGACAGUUCACUCGGCUGUCAAGGAAUGCUCUGCACGAUGGAACCUUGUGAGAGUCGAAAGCUGUGUGAAGCCAGUGCAGUUUUAUUUGUUACUUGGUGCUUUAAAAUGUUCUCAAAUGUUCUUUUAUUUUCAUUAUGUAUGCUUUAAUUUGUAAUUUUCUGGUCUCAUGUCAAAUGCCCCCAAAAAGCCUAUGUGAUGUGAUUUUUUUUUUUAUAUAAUAAAGGUAUUUUUAUGA